UGUCAAUUGACACCAUUGGUAACAACAGAGAGGAACCAGAGAGCGGCCACGGCGGCCUUUUUCCUAUAACGCUUCGAAAUUCCCGUACACUAGUGACGCACAUCUAUUCUGGUCAGAAUGGGAACUACGUGUCACAUCCAUUUUGCAACCCGCCGUUAAAAACAGUGUGGAUGCACCGACGAGAGAAAUAGUCUCUCGUCGGUGCUCACUAUCAUUACCGACUUCUCUUUCGCGACUUCAUCCGUGCGCGCGUCUCGUUAUGUUUUCGGCCGUCGAAAUUUCGCGCGGAAAUAUUGGUCGUGAGUAACCGACAACGUUAUUUUGCUCACCGGUGCGUCCAGGAUCGUCGCGAAGAAGCACUCUAUUCCCGCCGAAAUCGCAAGGAUUGUGAGACUUCCUCGGCGCCCGUCAAAAUGACCAGGUCGAAAAUAGAACUCGGUGAUGUGACACCGCACAACAUAAAGCAGCUGAAAUUGCUCAAUCAAGUCGUGUUCCCGGUCUCGUACAACGAAAAGUUUUACAAGGAUGUACUGGAAGCCGGUGAACUUGCCAAGCUAGCGUAUUACAAUGAUAUAGUGGUUGGAGCAGUUUGCUGCCGUGUAGAUACUUCGGAAAAUUCUAGGCGUUUAUAUAUAAUGACAUUGGGUUGUCUCUAUCCUUAUAGAAGAUUAGGAAUUGGCACUGUUAUGGUUCAGCACGUUUUAAAUUAUGUUAAUAAAGAUGGCAAUUUUGAUUCUAUCUUCCUACACGUUCAAAUAAGUAACGAGGGUGCGAUUGACUUUUAUAAGAAAUUCGGAUUUGAGAUUGUCGAAACUAAAGAACAUUACUAUAAGAGAAUAGAACCAGCGGAUGCGCAUGUGCUGCAGAAAACACUGCGUCCACGAACGAAUCAAACGAAUCAUCAAACGGUCAACUAACAAGUAGCAUUGUUCAUAUUAAUUUAUGUUUUUCAUAAUUUAAAAUCUACAUCCGUUUCCAUGUUCUGUCAAUAAAGUCAUUUUAUAUUAUA